CGGAAAACGAUACAAAAAAUUAAUAUAAGAUUAAAAAAACUCUAUAAAAACAUGAAUUCUAUUGUAGGAUCUGUUCAAUUAACAGCUUCAAAAUUUACACAAUGGUUAAAAUCACCGGAUUUUAUAAAAUAUUUGUGCAGCACUCAUUUUUGGGGACCAGUAUCUAAUUUUGGAAUACCUUUGGCAGCAGUUACAGAUUUAAAAAAAGAUCCCAAAAUCAUUUCCGGGAAAAUGACGUUAGCUUUAAUUAUAUAUUCAGCAACAUUUGCUCGUUAUGCUUGGAUGGUUAAUCCCCGUAACUAUUUGCUUCUUGGGUGUCAUAUUGUUAAUGAAACAGCACAAAUUGUUCAAGGUGUUCGAUGGUUAAAAUAUCAUAAAUUUACAUCCUCAAAUAACUCAAUUUAUCAUAAAAAACAAUAG